AUGAACACAUUACAAGGGAAGAUAGGAAAGUUCGCCAGGCGACAUCCUCACUCCAGCACCCGAGAUCUUAGCCGAGCAGCAGGUGGUGUAGUGUGGUGUAGUGUGGCGGAGUGUAGCAGAGGUGUGGUCACGGGGAGUCUGCCAUGCUGGGUACGAACGCUGGAGACGAGUUCGCCAAAAAUCACCGGGGUGUUUCUCAGUCAUAAGUGGUACGUGUUUGGGUUGCAAGGUGUGGUGAUGGCGUCUCACUGUUCGCCGACGUCUCUGCAGCAGGCGUGUGAGGUGGCCGCUGCGGCGUGGCUGGUGCAGUGGUCUGGACUGGUGGGCCAAGUGACCGACCGAGCCUCCGCCCCUUACAGACAGCCUCUCCCACUCAGGGACUCGGCGGCACCUCCCCUGGUUCAGGGCGGAGGCAAGAGUCGAGUCUCCUCUGCGGCGAGCUGCGACUCUUCCCGCGCCUGUAGAUGCAGAGCUUCUUCCCUGAAGGCUGCUUCUGGACUGCAGGUUCACAAAGGGGCGGAAGUGAGGUCGUCGAAAACUUCUGGUCGUAGUAAAGCCCCUAGAACGACUCCAGUCUUGCAGUACGAGGAGCCUCCUUCUGCCCCGAGUCACGGACUAAACGAGACAGCUGUGAAUCUUUUCCAUAGCAACGCACAACCCUUCACCGACGGUAUUUGCUCUAUAGAUCGCCCGUCUCCACGCAGCACACAAGCUUUAAGUUUCCCUACGUUGAUAAAAACAACUACCUCAACCGACCUUUGUAGAAAUAUAUAUAAUAACAUAGUUAGAGAAAAUGUAACACGGUGUUCUUCAUUCUUUAAAAGCCACCUGCCACCUCUUCUGAUCAACCAAAUCCUUAGCACCGCCUGGAGGCUCAUGUCCCAGCAGGUCGCCCUCGGAGGUCGACUCGAGGCUGUCCCCGAGUACCAGGUGGUUGACUGGGCGCGGCGGGCUCCAGUGCUGCUGAGACUGGCGGGGGCUCUGACACGACGCUCCUUCCCGCUCGAUCUUUCAGGUGUCCCUGAAACUUGUCUUGACGCGCUGAUGGCAGAGAUAAAUGAAAAACUGCCUCCGGAUCAAGUCAGUAGACUGGUGCUCCCGAAGGCCAAGUUCAAGUCUUGUAAAUCCGCUGUGCUAGAGUGCCAAGGCAUUUUGCUACAGUUCCUGAAGAAAACUAAUCUCGUAAGCCUAACGCUUCAUUCAGACCUCUGUGAUAACUCAGCCCUUGAGACGAUUUCUACUCUAUCACUGCAGGAACUUGAUAUUGGCAGCAGUACAGUUACAGAAGAAGGGAUAAUCAGUAAGUUGUGUGGCUUGUCAUUUAAAACAGGUAGUGAAGUAGUUGAAGCUAUUAGAGAUUGUCGGUAUCCAUCAACACACCUCAGUAAGUAUUUACGGAAAUUUAGCAUGUCAUUUCAGAACAUCUCAUCUCCAGUUUAUCAUCUCAUCUUGGUACUGUUUCCGGAGUUACAUUUUUACAAUCCUCACAGGGACAUCAAACCAUGCAUCCGUGAAUAUGCAAGACUUGGGUUAUCACUGGAAAAAGAACCUGUUAGCACUAUUGCAAGAAAACUGAAGUUGCAGAGGAUUUCCUUGGGUAAUGCCACAAGGUCUGAAAUUUUGGAAGUUAGUAGGCUCUGUCCAUCUACAAGAGAAAUAUCGCUGAAUGUUGAACUGAACGCCGAGGAGACCCUAAAUGCAUUAGAAGCCUUUACUCAGUUGACAGACUUUAAACUAAAUUAUUAUCCAUCCUUUGCUUCUUCGGCUCCUAAACUCAAUGGGUCUAUUCUAUUGCCACUUCUCCUGACUUACAAAAACCAGAUCAACAGUCUCAGUCUUACAGGCUUUAACAUAUCAGACAAGUGCCUGCACGAACUUUCUCAGCUACCUGAACUGAAGUCUUUGUCAAUGGCAGAUUGUUGGCUGUCAAAUCCUAAAGGUCUUUCUCCAGACCCAUUUUCCAGUUUGGAGAAGCUUAGCCUGCAGUUUCUGCCACCAAAUUCAACAAUGCAUCUUCUCACUUCUGGUAAAAAAUUACAUAGCCUUAGUUUAGACUUCGUUGCUUCAGAAUGGGAGGGCAGUGCUCUCUCUGACACCCAUGUGAAACAGCUUGUGAUCUCUGGAAAGCUAAAUGCAUUGCAGUCAUUCACUGUUGCUUCACCCUAUCUGACUUUGGCCUCUGUUAAGAGCCUGACACUCCUUCCAACCCUCAGGAGCGUGGGUCAUCUUGCUCGCUGGGGACUUACUGAUGAGGAACUUCAUUGCAUUAAUCAUUCUGGACCUCCUCACCUCAUCUGCAUACAAUAAUUUGUUUGGGAGUAAAUUAUUCCCUUACCAUGUUUAGGAUAAUCCUACUAAAAGGAUGAUUAACUUUCCUGUGAUAUAAAUGAGUAUACAUAAGUAAGAGACAAUGCCCCAUAUAAUAUAUCAGGGUAGAUUUAAUGUUAACUUGCUACAUUUAAAACUUACGAUUUUUCUCAUAUCAUACACACAUAUAUUUUUUCCAUAUCAUUACAGUGUUUCAUGCUUCACAUGUCAUUGUAUACAGACAGUCUACAUGAAUUUUGGUCUUCCCUACACUCUUGCUGCUACUGUGGUAAACAAAUGAGUUAAAAUUGCAGUUUUAUCUUAUAUUCAUUAUUAAAAUAGAGCAGCAAUAUGUGAUAACUCUUUUUCUGCUAAGGCAAAAAAAUGAGACUAAUUUCUUUACUAAUAUGAUAUUGUUAAUAUUAUGUUACAAUUACAUGAUAAUUGUGUUAAUUUUAAGUUUAUCUUUGGCAACAGACAGGUGAAUGAAUACCUGACCAACUAGAUUAAGCAUGUUACUGAUGUGAUAUCAAUGUAAUGUGAUUUUUGUUUUUUAUUUUUCCAAAAGAUUUCUUGCAGUCGACAUUCAAUUCAGUCAUUACACUUUUACACAUUUAUUUCCUAUUUUAUAAAGCACUUGGAAUGAUGAAUACCAGCUGAAUCCACAUAAAUAUAAUUGGAUUUAGAAGUUACGUUACCUAGAAUUACGAAUGUUCAGAGAAAGUUAAGUAAAUGACAAAAAAUACAUUAAAAAAUUCUGAUGUGUAUUUUGAGUCUGUAAAUAUAUAAAAAAAUAUAUAUAUAUUAUGAGUAAGCUGCCUGAAGCAUAUACGAAAAAAAGUUCAGAUUAUUUGGUAAGUAAAAAUGGUUGUUCUGGUUGCAACAGUGAUCUCAAUAGUGAUCUCAGUAAUUGAAAUAUCAUACUCAACAUUUUACAUUUUUACAGGUGUAUUUUUUGUCUGUCUCAGUCUCCUAUCUGCUCUCUCUCUCUCUCUCUCUCUCUCUCUCUCUCUCUCUCUCUCUCUCUCUCUCUCUCUCUCUCUCUCUCUCUCUCUCUCUCUCUCUCUCUCUCUCUCCCCCCCCCCCCCUCCUCCCUAAAGGAGUUAAGAAAUGUGCACAUAAGCUAAAGAUAUUCAAUAUCUAAUGCCAAAAACUAAUGACUGACAAAUGAUUAGUUCAUUUAAAAAUUCAGAACAAGAAUGCAGUACCUCUCAGACUGGAGACUAGGCAAGACUAAUAUAGAUAACUGCCCUAAGAAAAAAAAAUUGCUUCAUAUAUAAAGAUAUUCUCAUCAAGAUAAAGGUGCAUAAGAUGACCACACGACUUAGCAACCAUCUAUCAAAAUCAGAAAUUGUUGAACUCAUCACCAGUACCCUUGGUUUACCUUAGAAUUUGUUUCAGAUAUCUUUUGUAUUCUCUUUAUUUCAUUAAUCUAAUAAAAUCAUCACAGCAUUUCUGCUACAUCCUGCUUCACUGUUUAUGAUCUCUUACGUGCAUUCUCACAUCGUCUUCUACUAUAUGACAGUCCCUUUGUUUAUACUCUCUCCCUUCUCUCAUUCUAUCUUGUUUUGUUUUUUUCUAUUUAAUUUUUGUAAAUAGACUGGUAGAUUUAUAGGACUAAAUGAGAAGACAGAAACACAGAAAGAAGAGAAAAGCUAGAGAGAUGGGAAAGAUAGAUUACAAAAACAAGAUAGGCAGAGAGGGGUUGAGUGUCUAUGAGAGAGAGGAGGGUGUUAGAGAAAAGAGAGGAGAACGAGAAUGCAAAAACAGAGCAAAAGAGAGAGAGGGUGGAGCUUCAUAGAAGAUAAAAUAUCUGAUUAUUUGCAAUAUUCACAUUUCUCAUUUGCAGAUGCAAAUGUGUAAUUGCAGAUCUUUUAUUCCAGAUACCCAACACAUCACUAAAACUAAUUAUCUUGGAUAACUUUUAAAACAAUUUUUAAAUUACAAUAUCACCACAAUUCCAUGGCUUAUUGGCAAUAGCAGAAUAAUUUUAUAAUUUGAUGCAUUAUUUAAAAAAAAAAUUCUUCAUAUGAUGCAUAAGUAUGUUUCAACAUUGGACUCUUGUCAAUUUUAUAUAAAAUAAUGUCACAUAGUGGGAGCCAAGAGAUGCCUCAGCAUUUUAAAAUAUUUCAGUGAGACAUAAAGAAUGGCUGUACUGGUACUGGCGAUAUAAAGAAUGACUGUUUUUUCAAGGUAUAUUUGACAAAAUAUACAUCACAACUCAAACAAUAUUAUGUUACAUAACCUAUCAUUCAAACAGAAAUCUAAUAGACAACUGAAUUCUAAAAUGUCUAUAAAACACAAAUCAAUUUAUAUUUUUUUUAUUUUUAAUCUGCUUCAUUAUCCUGAGGAGAAUACAUCAAAAUAUACAGGCAAACUCAAAAUCAAACCUUCUCUGUUGAACAAUAAAGACACUGGUACCAAUAACUGGGUAUUUGUCUCAUAACAGAAAACUCUAAUUAGCAAACUCGUACUAAAAGUAAAUUCUUCCCUUCUUUCUUUUAAAUUACAUUAAUUUGUAAUAUGUACAUAAAUAUAAGAUUUGACUAUGCAUUUACAUUUUCAAAAAAUUAACUGGAGGAACAUUGGGGUGAUUGGUGCUUUCUCAAAGCUAGCUCCAUGACAUCCGAAUCCACUGGAGCAUUGGUAAAUAUGGAGCC